AUGGCCUCAUUCGCCCUAGCCACCAUCCAAGACGGAAAAGACUUCCAAGCCGCCCUGGUCAUCGAAGAGAACCUCUACCCUCUCUCCUCCAUCUCUUCUCCCCUCCAGAACAAAUCCGUCAAACAGCUUCUCGAAGACUGGUCCACAAAACUCCCUCUCCUCCGCGACCUCACCACGCAAAUAACCACCCAAACCCUCCCCCUCACCCCGACCCCCCUCCAAAGUGCCCCCCUCACAACCCCAAUCCACCACCCCUCCAAACUCCUCGCCGUCGGCGCAAACUACACCUCGCACCUGCAAGAAAUGGGCCUCCCCGCCGAAAAAUGGGACCCCAUGCCCUUCUUCAGCUGUCCCCCCACCACAGCCAUCGUAGGACCCGGCAAAACAGUCCCGUAUCCGCACGGAACGAAACAAUUCGACUGGGAGUGCGAGUUGACCGUCGUGCUGGGAAAACCUCUCCGAAACGCAAGCGUCGCAGAGGCGAAAGACGCGAUCGCGGGAUAUACGAUUGGACUGGAUCUCAGUUGUCGGGAUCUGAUCACGAGUGGACCGAAGGGGUUGAUGGAUAUCAUGCGCGGCAAAGCGCAGGACGGGAUGAAACCCGUCGGGCCUUACUUCGUGCCCAAGGAGGCGGUUUCGGGCGACGUGGGGGAUAUGGCUGUGGAGUUGAGGGUUAAUGGGGAGGUGAUGAUUCAGGGGAGUACGAGGGAGAUGUUGUGGAAGCCCGAGGAGUGUCUGGUGGAGAUUAGUAGGGUUGUGACGUUGGAGCCGGGGGAUUUAGUUAUGACGGGGACGCCGGCGGGGAGCGCGAAGAGUCAUGGGGGACGGUGGUUGGGGGUUGGGGAUCGGAUUGAGGCGAGGAUUGGGGAGUUGGGGGUUUUGGAGGUGGAGGUUGUUUGA